GCGUUAUUGCACAACAAAACACCAACGUGAGUCGCGGUAUCAGAUUAUUCUAUGAUCUUUACGGCGUGAACGCCAUGACAACCUGGCCGUGGGCCGUGAGUCGAAUCAUCGACGCACUCGAGACAAUGCCAGAAGCAAACAUCAACACCAAGUGUCUAGCAAUCACAGGCUGCUCUCGGAACGGAAAAGGCACUCUAGUUGCAGACGCUCUCGAUGAAGGAAUUGCUCUCACCCUCCCACAAGAAUCCGGUUCAGGCGGCGAUGCUUGCUGGAGACUUUCAGACACCGAGCAAGUAGCUGGAUACGUAGUCCAAACAUCCGCCGAGAUCGUGCGCGAGAACGUCUGGUUCUCGAAGUCCUUUGUUGCGUUUGCACCUCGCAAUACUUCGUGCUCUCCUGGCGAUCGAGAACACGGAUUAUGUGUGGUUGAGCCCGCAAAGUAG